AUGGCAGACCAGGAUUUCGAGAUCGACCUUGUCGUCGAGAACAGUAUCGCGCGCAUCAAAUUGACCGGAAUCGCCCUUUCGACUGGCUCGCCCAAAGAAGCAGCAGUCGCGGAACAUAGCGAGGUAGUUGAAGAGCAGGCUGCGCCUGAUAUUCCUGGCAUCUUCCAUCCACGGCCCUCGCACUCCAUGCGUCUGCGCUCACAGGCUCGCGAGUCUCCUAUUCCUUCCUCCUCCUCCUCUUCCCUUCCCCUCCCACCUGAUGAGUUUAACCUGUCGGCAAUCCCAGUUUUUGAUUCUGCAGCCGUGCUGUGGGAAUCAGAUGCUAUUGAGGAACGAUACAUGACCGUGUUGAGAAACGGAUUGUCUGAACAUACCACCACUGGGCAUCGCAGAAGCCAUGCAUCCUUCAUGGACCUGUAUGAGCUCCCAGAUAUUCCCGCAGCCCGGGUGUGGGAAGGACGUCGUGCAUCCAACCACUCAUUCACCAUUCUGCGAGACUUCGUGGAUGAAGAAGCAGAGGUGGAAGUAGCCGGUGUUAUCGACCACUUUGUCCCAACAGUCAACGACUUUGAUUUCGAAGAGGACAAGGAAAACGUCUAUACCACCGCAUCGGACUACGAGUCGCCCCCCGAGCCCGAGCUCCCGCCCACUUACAUUGACCAGUCCAUUGUGGAAGCGAUGCAGCAAGAUGCUUUCGGGCUUCCCCAGGAUCUCUCCAUUUUCACGCCCAAUGCUCCCUUCGACCACAUUCACCAUCCGCCCUCCAACGGCUCCACCGGUGCACCGCGCCCCAUUCCCGGGCCUGUUCUCGUUUUUGUUGGGUUGGAGCACCAGCAUGAUCCCGACUUUGAGAACGUGCCCGUGGAUCAGGUCAGUCAGCUGCAGGAUCUGAACGAGACCUACCAGCGCGUACACGAUAGCCGACGGCGCAACGAUCGCCGUUUUGCGAUGCGCCAGGGCGAGACGGUGCAGGGGCCGAAUAACCCGUUCUUGGAUUUUCGGCGUGCUACCGAAUUCCAGCGUCGUCAAAUACGCCGUCGGAACUCUUUGUCUGGAGAUGAAGAGUAG